AUGCCCAACUCCACCUCCUCGGCCUCCUCCUCAUCCUCUUCCGUCCACGAAGAACGCCGACCACGCACGCCCCAAGACCCCCUCAAACGACCAAAGAUGACAUCCCGAAAGUCGAGCGGCACGAUCAUAGUCCCCAGGGAACACCCAAAGGUGGAGCUAGGCGAGGACGACGAGGAGUUUGAUGAGGAUGAUGCGAGAGCCAUGAGUCCGAGACGGAGUAGUCAGGAUCUAGAGAAGAUGAGCCAAGAGGCGAGAGCGCAGUUGGAUGAACACGCGAAAGUCCUCCAAAAGUCGCUCCUCGAGAUAUUCAACCGGAUUGAAGCCGUGAAAGAAGAGCAUGACAAGCUCGACAAUAACAACAAGUUCUUACAAAAAUACAUCGGUGAUCUGAUGUCAACGUCGAAGAUUACUUCGACAGGUGCUAGUGGGAGGGAAAAGUAG